UGUCCAUACUUCUAACCAUAAAUACAUGCUAAUUUGUUUAAAUUAAUAACCAUUGUGCAUUAAAGAUUCGCAAUGGUUUUGAUAAGUUUGUCUCACAUAAUUUUGUCGACUUUUGUGAUUGAUGUACUAGUCAAGUCUGCAACGAUAACCAGGAGUCAACCGUUUGUAGGAUUCUUUGUAUUUCCCCAUGGUGGGAUCACUCUAAACCCAAAAACGCACGAUUUUAGUGAAGAAGGAGGGACACAUGACGGCACAAGGGAAGAAGCGAUCAGGCUUCAUGAAGCUAUGCGAUCUGCAGCUAAAGUUUUGAUGGAAACCAAGCCAGAUGUGGUUAUCUUAUCAACUCCACAUGGUUAUUAUCUCGAAGAACGUUACCUCUUCAUAGGAAAUCCUAGUAUGGCUGGCAAUGCAGGAUGGGAAUGGGAGAAUAUUUCUGCAAAUUUUAAUAUCGACCAAGAAAGCACUGUCCAACUCUAUCUCGAUUUAGCAAGGAAGCAAAAUCCAGUAGAGUUAUUAUCAUUUGGAGUUGGUCAAACACAGAUGGAUAUCAAAUGGGGCGAGGUCAUUCCAUGGCAUUUCAUCCAAGAAGCAGCCGUGGAAGUUGGGAUUCCAUUGCCUUCCGUAAUUUACAUGGGACAACCUCCUAUCAAGAGGAUAACCGAGUUGAUUAAGUUGGGCAAGGAUUUAGCGUCAUAUGUUUUAUCCUCCAUGACGCAAAAACGAGUCGUGGUAUUGAUUAGUGCAGAUUUAUCACAUUAUCACGCCAACGACCCCAAAGCUCCAUACCCCUUUAACCCAAAUUCCGUGGUAUUUGACGGUUUCAUAAAAGAAUGGGGCCAGAUUGACAGGUCCCCAGAAAUGGAGGCAAAGUCUGCAGAAGUGCUCUUGACGAAUGCAGAAGCUGUUUCUGACUCUGCAGGGUCAUGUGGAUAUACAGGUCUGGUAAUGCUUCAUUCCAUCAUGGGCAGCGUUGUCGAUGCAGGAAUGAUGACCCUUAAGGUAAAGUUUUACGAAUAUUUUGCGCCUACUUAUUUCGGAAUGAUGAUAACAAGUUGGAUACCAACCACUUAAUGAAUUCUACAUAUAUGUACAUAUGUCCUUAAUAAAAACAGCAAUAUAACAAAAUAAAGUGGAACCAUAAAUAAAUUUGCAAUGAGCAUACUAAGUAACAAGUUGUGCUAAAAUAAUACACAACAGUUAUGAGAGCAAUUAUGAAAACUAAUUUCUCAAACU